AUGCCAACUAGUUUGAUUACUCAUCAACAACAUAAUAAAUCCUUGCCUAUCGUAACUCGAAAGACAAGACGUGAAACCUUCACUAUAGCUCAGGAUAAAUCUACAACACCAACUACUACUCAAAAUUUUGACAAAUUACUAAACAAUCGAACACGCGCUGUCAAUGCCACAAAAAUUAAUCAACAUUAUCAGCCACCAACAAAGAUAACUGACUCAUGGUCAAAUGAAGUGAAUUUCAAAGAUAUACAUAACAAAAAGUCGAACAGAAAUAAAAAGAUAUGUUGUUGCGGAUAUUCACAUAUCUGUUUAUGCCUAUUUCUACUUGGUUUUUUUCUUCUCGCCACGAGUAUUGCUGCAAUACUUGUCGCCCUCGUUGCUAUACCUAAAACGACAACAACAGGAACAACGAUUACAACGACAACAGCAACGAUAAUGACUACAGCGACAACAUCGACAGCAACAACAACAACGUCAGCAACAACAGCAACUACAACGACAACAACGAUAACAUCGACAACGGUAGCAUCGACUAGAGCCCGCCGGGUCCGACCCGGACCCGGACCCAGACCCGGACCCGAUCGGGUCUGGACCCGGCGGGCUCUAGCAUCGACAGCAACAACAGCAACUACAACGACUACAACAACAAUAUCGACAGCAACUACAACGACUACAGCAACAACAUCGACAGCAACAACAACAACUACGACAACAACGACAAUAAAUCCAUGUAUAUCUGGUAAUUCAGGUUGGAAUAAAACUGGUAUUACUGUGCUUAGUUCAUCGUCAUCACCAAUCGCAACAUCUGGUGUAUUUAUUGACUCAAAUGAUAAUUUAUAUGCUGUGGAUGAGAACAAUAAUUAUGUUGUAUGGAGACUACUGAAAAAUGCUGUAAAUGCAACAGUUAUAGCUGGAACCUUUGGAUCACCAGGAUCGAGCAGUACUCAGUUAUAUUAUGCUAACGAUGUUUUUGUUGAUAAAUCGGGAACUAUAUAUGUAACUGAUGCAUAUAAUUAUCGAAUACAAAAGUUUAGUAGUGGAUCAAACAUUGGAAUUACUAUAGGUGGAACUGGAUCAGGUGGAUCUGCAUUAAAUCAGUUAAAUACUCCACGAUAUUUUACUUUUGAUUCAACAGAGACAUAUAUGUAUGUUGCGCAUACUGGAAAUAAUCGAAUUGUACGUCUUUCAACAAAUUCAACUUUAGGUACUAAUGAAGUUCUUGAAGCGGGUGGAACUGGAGCUAACAAUGUAAACACAUCAUUGAACGGUCCAUGGGGUAUUCAUUAUUUACCAUCUAUAAGUAAUGAUCUAUUUAUAACAAAUUAUGGUGGACACUCAGUUAUACGUUGGACUCCUGGUGCUUCAUCAGGCAGUUUCAUUGCUGGUACGCCAGGUGUAUCAGGUUCUGAUUCAACUCACUUGAAUAGUCCGAUGCGAAUUAAAAUUGAUAGUUAUAUGAAUAUUACUGGUAUUACCGUUAUUGGUGAUGGUACUCCGGGUAUUAGUGCAACACAAUUAUAUUAUCCACGAGGUAUUGCAUUUGAUUCAGCAAUGAACAUGUAUGUUGGUGAUACAGGAAAUCAUCGAGUGCAAAAGUUUAUGAAACUCUAA